AUGAUGAAAAGCUGGGACUCCUUGUUCAGUCUCAAGAAUCUUAUGAUUCUUGCUACACUUUUAAGAAUUGGAUUUUUUCUCUUUGGAUUAUUUCAAGAUUUAACAAUGGAAGUCAAAUAUACUGAUAUCGAUUAUUAUGUAUUUACUGAUGCUUCAAGAUUUGUCUUUAAUGGGUUGUCUCCAUAUGAAAGAGAAACCUAUAGGUACACUCCAUUGUUGAGCUGGGUUUUGUUACCAACUUCUUUGAACAAUUUUGAUAAUGAAUUGAUCAAUUUACUAAUUUUUUCUUUUGGCAAAUUUUUAUUCAUAUUGGCUGAUUUGGUCUCAGGUUAUUUGAUUUAUCAAAUAUUAAAUCACUUGGUUCUUAACAAUGCUACUAAUAAUAACAGCAAAAAAUUAGACUCGAAAAGUAAAAAUUUGAUUUUGGCCUUAACUUCAGUUUGGCUAUUAAAUCCAAUGGUUAUAACCAUAAGUACAAGGGGUUCAUGUGAAAGCGUACUAUCAAUCUUAGUAUUAUCCUUUAUUUAUUAUCUCUUGAUUAAAAAAAUGUAUAUUGUUUCUGGGCUUUUGUUGGGGUUUUCGAUUCAUUUCAAAAUUUAUCCAAUUAUUUACUUACCAACCUCGAUUAUAUAUCUUUCCCAAUUGGAAAUUAAUAACCAGAAAAAUACUCUUUCCUUCUUUUUCCCAUUCAAUUUGAUCAAAUUAUCAACUUUGAAAUUAGCCAUUUCAACUAUAUUAUCCCUUUUUUCAUUAAACUUAUUAAUGUAUAAUCUUUAUGGUCAUCAAUUUCUCUACCACACUUAUUUAUAUCAUCUAACAAGAAUUGACCAUCGUCAUAAUUUUUCCCUAUACAAUAUAAUGCUAUAUUUUGAAUCCUACAUUUUAAGUGAUAGUUUUAAACUCAACUCCAACAUUUCUAUCAAUCCAAAUACCAUCCAAAACUUUUUAUUCUCUAAAAUUUCAUUUCUACCACAAAUUUUAUUAUCAAUUAUAAUUAUCCCCUUUUGUUUGAACUAUUUUAACAAUGCCAAUAUUAAGCUCAAUUUAAUAUCAAAAAAUUAUCUUUUCCUAAACUCAUUAUUUCUACAAACUUUUACCUUUGUCACUUAUAACAAAGUCAUAACCUCCCAAUAUUUCAUUUGGUAUAUUAUUUUUUUACCAUUCUUUCUAUUAAACUCAUCACUUUUGUUGAAAAAAAAUUUACUCAAGAGUCUUUCUAUUUUGUUUUUUUGGGUUACAUCCCAAACAAUUUGGUUAUAUAAUGCUUAUAAUUUAGAAUUUUUAGGUAAAAAUGUCUUUUAUCCAAAUAUAUUCUAUUCUUCUGUAUUUUUCUUCUUGGUUAAUGUUUGGAUAUUAGAUAAAUUUAUUAAAGAUUCUUUUUUAAAAAUCACCUAA